GAGGCUCGACUUGUCACAUCCGCUACAUCCUCCAACUACCGACCUUGGGUAGCUAGGAUGGCUGGCAACGCGUGGAGGUCAGCGAUGCUUAACCUACUGAGGAAGUGGGGUUUAAUCAAGGCGCAGGAAGUGUCUCGGGUGGUUGGAGCCAUAAGGACGGAGGCUCCACAGCCCAGGACGUAUGUCCGUGGGAUACACACUGUCACUUUAAUCCCUGGUGAUGGAAUUGGACCAGAGAUCUCCACUGCUGUUAUGAAGAUAUUUGAAGCAGCAAAAGCGCCGAUUCAGUGGGAAGAGAGAAAUGUUACAGCCAUCAAAGGGCCUGGCGGCAAGUGGAUGAUCCCACCUGAUGCUAAAGAAUCGAUGGACAGGAACAAAAUUGGCCUCAAAGGUCCUUUGAAGACACCAAUUGCUGCCGGCCAUCCCUCUAUGAACCUGCUGCUGAGAAAAACUUUUGAUCUCUAUGCCAACGUGCGGCCCUGUGUGUCCAUUGAGGGCUACAAGACCCCCUACACCGACGUGAACCUAGUCACCAUUCGAGAGAACACAGAGGGGGAGUACAGUGGGAUUGAACAUGUGAUUGUUGAUGGUGUUGUACAAAGUAUUAAGCUCAUUACAGAGGAAGCCAGCCGGCGCAUUGCAGAGUAUGCUUUUGAAUAUGCCAGGAAUAAUCAGAGGGCCAGUGUUACUGCUGUUCACAAGGCUAAUAUCAUGCGCAUGUCAGAUGGGCUCUUCCUACGGAAAUGCAGAGAGGCAGCUGAAAAGUAUAAAGAUGUGAAAUUCACUGAGAUGUACUUGGAUACAGUGUGCCUUAAUAUGGUACAGGACCCCACACAGUUCGAUGUGCUAGUGAUGCCCAAUUUGUACGGAGACAUCUUGAGUGAUCUUUGUGCUGGACUGAUUGGAGGUCUUGGAGUGACUCCUAGUGGAAACAUUGGCACCAAUGGUGUUGCCAUUUUUGAAUCGGUACAUGGAACUGCUCCGGAUAUAGCUGGAAAAGACAUGGCCAACCCCACCGCUCUGCUGCUCAGUGCCGUCAUGAUGCUGCGGCACAUGGGGCUGCACGACUAUGGCAGGAGGAUCGAAGCCGCCUGCUUUGACACCAUCCGAGACAAAAAGGUCCUGACAAAAGACUUGGGAGGAAACUCCAAGUGCUCAGAAUUCACAGCAGCAAUAUGUGAAAGAGUACAAAAUAUGGACUAAAAUGGGACUAAUGGCUUCAUGAGAUUACUGUCAGGGUUUGGAUCACUCUUCUGCCUGUCAUUUCAUACUGUAUCUGCACAUUUUUAACCAAAAAACAGUACAUGUACCUCUAUUAAAAAAAAAAAAAAACACUCAAGAACUUCAGCUCUUGAAGGUUUUAUUUUUCUUUCUGCAAGCAUAGAGCA